UCUCACCAUCUCUUCUCUGGGGUGAUGAGUUACCACCAUAGAUAAAGAUAGAUUGCGCAUAAGACGACAUUUUUCAUCUUGAAAGAUUAUUGGACAAAUCUUAAGAUAGAUGAAGACGAAAACAGCCUAACUUAUUGGGCCUGCUCUCUGUGGAACCUUCUUACAUGACCCCCGUAGAGACAGGGUUGGUAUAUGGCCGUUAAGGAUUUAAAAAACCCAGAGAUUUCAACGUCAGUUCUAUGGAGAGUUUCUCCAGUUCAAGAUCUAACAAUACCCUUCUUCUUCUACGCUUAGAUCCUUGAUUAACUGAGAUAGCUGCGUGGAGCUGAAGAUCAAAAUGAAUUUAAACUUGCUGUUGUUCUUUAUCUUGUUUCUUCUCCACAAUACCCUGUCAACAGCAGCUGUUCCGUUUCAGUUGAUUAGUCCAGACUCACAACAGAACAUCCUUACCAAGACAGGCCGCAACAACAGAAGCUUCAAAGGAAUUCAGUCCUCUGAUUUUAGUUCAGAAGCUUCUGUUUUCAAUACUGCUACUCCGCUGAUUCCAUCUGAUACUGAAUCAUCAGUAAUUCUUACCAAUAUUGCAGACCCUGUUAGUCUAGCUAGUACUGCUGCUCCUCUACGUAUAUUCAACACUGAAACUGCUUCUGAUUUUAAAAAUGAGGGAAAAAGUUCGAAGUUGUCAGAAUCUUAUCUAGGUUCAGAAACCUCUGAGGAUAGCACCGAUAAAACAAAUAUAUUCAGAGAACAACCUAUGGAAGACUUACAAGAAGAGAAAAUAACGGCUUUGAUCAAAAGUUUUAAAGAUUGGGAAGAAAGAAAAGGGAAACAGUAUCCAGACAAUGCUCCAUUUCCCUCAUUUUUCUAUGGAAAUGGAGAAAACAAUUUUUCCCUGAAAGCCCUUAACAAUGGAUUUGCAUCCAGACAGAGAUUUCUGACACCAUCCUAUCAACAACUCCAGCAGCUGUAUUAUAAUCCUCUUCUACAGACUUCAUAUUCUGAAGACCAGUCCCCUGAAAUUAACCAGCAAAUUGUUCUUACUCAGAAAAAUGGUGUUUUCACCGACCAGUUCGGACACAAGUUUGAAUUAGCUCAGCCUAGCACGCAAACAUUUUCAGUUGGCAAUGAAAAAUUUGGUCUCUCAGGAUUGCUUGGUAAUAGACCCAAUAAAGGUAAAGAAGAUAAUGCCAAGGAAGAUAAAUUAAAGGAAAAUAUUUCCAAAGAAGACAAUUCCAAAGAAAACGAAUCUGAAGAAGAUAAGUCCAAUGAUGGAUUGUUGGGUGGAAUAUUUGGUGAAAGGCCCAAAGGAGACAAGCCCAAGAAAGAUGGAUCCAAGGAAGAUAACUCCAAGGAAAACAAUUCUAAGGAAGACAAACCCAAGGAGGGUGGCUCUGAGGAGGAUAAGUCCAAGGAGGAUAAAUCGAAGGAAAAUAGCUCCAAGUAUGAUAAAUCCAAGGAAGAUGAUUCCAGAGAACAUACAUCACUGGAGAAUAUCUCAAAGGAAGGAUUGUUGGGGGAAAUUUUUGGAGAAAGACCUAAAGGAGACAAACCCAAGAAAGAUGGAUCCAAGGAAGAUAGUUCUAAGGAAAACACUUCUAAGGAGGACAAAUCCAAGGAAAAAGAAUCCAAGGAAGAAGAAUCCGGAGAAGAUAAGUCCAAGGAAGAUGAAUCCAGAGAAGAUACAUCACUGGAGAAUAUCUCAAAGGAAGGAUUGUUGGGCGGAAUUUUUGGUGAAAAACCUAAAGGAGACAAACCCAAGAAAGAUGGAUCCAAGGAAGAUAGUUCUGAGGAAAAUACUUCUAAGGAGGACAAAUCCAAGGAAAAAGAAUCCAAGGAAGAGGAAUCCGGAGAAAAUAAGUCCAAGGAAAACGACUCCGGAGAAGAUUCAUCAAAGGAGAAUAACUCAAAUGAAGGAUUGCUGGGCGGAAUUUUCAGUGAAAGACCGAAAGGAGACAAACCGAAGAAAGAUGAGUCAAAGGGAGACAAUUCCAAGGAAGGAUUGUUAAGUGGAGUCUUUAGUGAAAGCCCCAUAGGUGGUAAUCCAGUGAAGGAUGACCCCCCUAAAAGAGAAAACUCCAAGGAAACCAACUCAGAUGAAGAUGAUUCAAAGGAAAAUAACUCUAAAGAAGGAUUGCUUAGUGGGUUGUUAGGUGAAAGGCCUGCUUUAAAUAAUCCAUUAAUCAAUAACUCCAAAGAAGAUAGCUCCAAGGAAGGAUUACUUAGUGGGGUGUUGGGUGAACAGUCCUUGGUCGAUAAACCUGGAAAAGAAAACUCCAAGGAAGACUACUCUAAUGAAGGAUUGACAAGUAUUCUGAUAGAUGAAAAACCAAAGGAAGACAAUGAAUUAACAGAAGCUGGAUUAAUAGUUGAUGGAACCUUAGGCAAUGAAUCAUCAGAAGCUGGAAUAACUGUUGAUGGAACCAUAAGCAAUGAUUUAUCAGAAGCUGGAAUAAAUUUGGAUGGAACCAUAAGCAAUCAAUCAACAGAAGCUGGAAUAACUGUUGAAGGAACCAUAGGCAAUGAAUUAUCAGAAGCUGGAAUAAAUUUUGAUGGAACUAUAGGCAAUGAAUUAUCAGAAGAUGAAUUAACUGUUGAUGGAACCAUAAGCAAUGCAUUAUCAGAAGCAGGUAUAACUGUAGAUGGAACAAUAGGCAAUGAGUUAUCAGAAACUGGAACAACCCUUGAUGGAACCUUAGGCAAUGAAUCAUUAGAAUCUGGAAUAACCAUAGAUGGAACCAUAGGCAAUGAAUUAUCAGAAACUGGUAUACCUGUUGUAGAUGGAACCAUAGACAAUGAAUCAUCUGUUGUUGAAGGGCUUAACGGUAGUGGUGGAAUAGCAACAAAUGAAAAUGAGUUAAAAUGCAUGAAGAAAGUAAUGCUUGUGGUAGAAACUGUUUAUGAUUCAACUGAAAAGUGCACACAUUCAUUUGCAGAAAAGUGUCACACAACAUUCAUCACGGACUAUGUACCAACCCAGGAAGAAAAGUGCGAGACAAGCUUCCAGAAAAACUGCCAGAUUACAUACAAGCCUACAACUUUUGAGGAAAAUGUAGAAAUAUGUGAUGAACCCCUUAAGAAAAUCUGUAAUGAUAAAAUUGUCGGAGAAGUGGUUUGUCAAACACAUUAUGAAACAACAUGUGAGACCAGACACAAGGAACACGAAGCUGAGCAGGAUGAACCUUUCUGUGAAAUGGUGAUCGAACGAAAAUGCAAUGGAGUUCUAGUAAAUAUUUCCAACCAAGGGAUCAGCUCUGGAAGAAAUAGAUCUGCUUUGGCAAGAGUUGAAAACAAUCAAGAUUUCAAUGGAAACAAUUGUGAAGAAUGGCCAGUUCAGAAGUGCAGACUAGAGAGGAAAGUUGUUAAGAAAACUUCUCCUGAAACUUCUUGUAGAAAGAAUCCAAGGAAAGUGUGCGCCCCAUCCAACUGUCAGUUUGUCAAGAGUGAGCGAACUUGUCGAGAAGAAAAAAGGAGUUUUGUUCAGAAUAUCCCAGAUGAAGCGUGUAAUCUGGAACCUAGAGAAUCAUGCAAGCUGGAAACAGUUCUAGUUCCCCGCCUGGUCCAACAGCCUAACUGUAUCCAAGUUCCUAAGGAGAUCUGUGUGGAUGCUAAAAUCAAUCCAAGAAAGGUUGCCAAACCAGUGAUCAAGGAAUGGUGCUUCUUACCUCAAGAUUUGAACGCUAGAUCCUCUAAACAAACCCUGGUUCAGAUCAUUAAUCAGUUGAAGCCGCAGGAAUCACAAUAGAGAAGAGAUGUAGUACACAAGUAUCCAGCAGGGCUUAAACUAUACAGAAGCAUUGUGAAAAAAUCAAGAUGGCAUUUUCUACAUUAUGAGAUUCGUUGUUUUCUAAAAAGAUAUAUAUAUAUAUAUAUAUAUGAAUAUUAAUGCAUAUAUAUAACUAUGAAACUGGUGAAGGAAGCUCAACUUAUUUUUAGUUGUAUUAUGUUGAGUAUUUUUCUUUUUAUCUAAAAAUAUAUACUUGGUGAU